UAACAUUACCCCUUAAUGAAUAUUUUGAUUUCAGUAGGCAUUUUGCCUGAAGUUGCAUCCCUAAGCCGUGAUGACCUGGAAGACUUGCUAGCCUGUGAUGACAAACUGACUGAGUUUGUGGAAGGCCUUCCCCAGGUUGCAGCACUCAAGAACCAGUGUGAGCAGCUUUCUGCUCAGAAUGAGGCAUUAGCAAAGGCAAAUCUCGAGCGGAGCAGUGACUAUGAGCGGGCUAGGGAUGCCACUAUCCAGAAGGUGGAGGAGCUGACUUCCCUUCGGUCAAGCUUUGAGGACAUGACCAUUAAGCAACAGAAAGCAUCAGAAAAGCUGGCUCCAAGCAGCAUUCAGGAGAGUCUGCUCAUUUUUGCUGCCCAGUCAGAAGAGGAUAGUGAAAAGAUUGCCGAGGACUUCCUUCACAGUCACAUUGAUGUCGAUGCAUUCUUAGACAGUUAUUUGGAAAAAAGAAUAGAAACUCAUCUAAGAAAGUUUAAAGGAGAACGACUUGGUGCCCAGCUAAGAGAACUUCACAAAGCCGGAUUUUAGCAGUACAUAUUUAGAAUAUAAAUAAUUGCUUAUAUAACUGUGCUGGUGAUGAGCAUCUCAGAUUUUUUUUGUAUGACUUUAAAGCAAGGAAGAGAAAUUAUCAAAAGAAAUUGUGUAGUUUAUUAAAAGACAUGUGAUUUAUGUCAAGCUUGAUUGAGAUCACAGACAACAGAAGAGCUUUGCUUGUUUUCCCUAAAGUAAUCAGUAUUUGGAUUGUAUGCUUCCCUUUUAUUAUUAUUGUUAUCAUUAUUAUUAUUGGUAGUAGUAGUAGUAUUGUUAUUAUUAUUUUUAUUAUUAUUAUCAUCAUCAUCAACACUUAUAUACCUAAAAACAGAUAGCAGCUUGUUUGCAUUUUCCUCCCAGCUUUGUUUUUUAUCCCAAUAAUUAACUGGAAAUACACUUAUUUCACUUGAUUAUAGAUCAAGGCUGCUUAUUUGAUGAUUAUAAAUGAAAAUUAGGUACCUCUACCAUCAGUGAAUAUUCAAAAUUGGUUAUUGUACCAUAUUCUGCAUUCUUCUAGGGCAUUUAAAAGGCUUUUAUUAUUGCAAAGUCAUCAGUAUUCUUAAUCGUAUAGUCAUUCCAAUUAGUCUUAAUGUAUAUACUUUCAUCCUUUAACUGUUACCUUCUGUUUAUUAAGAAUGUGUACUUAUGUUAGACUUUAAGAAAGUAUGAAAUAUAUCUGUUAUAAAAUUG